AUGGGCAGCGUUCAUGUACCACUAGUGCACCAUCUCCUUGAACGCGCACAAAUGGAACAACAAACACCUCGAGCAAUAGCUAUUCCAGAGAUUGCGGAUCUUAUCCUGGAACAGCUAGUCAUGGAGAGUGAGGAUUGGGGGCAGUGGCCUCUGAGCAAUUUCUAUAGGAAUACUCUUGCGAAGCUUGCAAGAACAUGCAAGAUCUUCCACGAGCCAGCAAUCAAGCGUCUCUGGAGGUGCAUAAUACCUGGCAUCGACCCAAUCUUCGACAUUUCCCCGAAAGAAGCUAUAUCUUGGGAUGUUCCAGGGAAAAUAGUAUGGGCCAGCGAGUAUAAAGCUGCGUUCGCCCGAGUGCAAUACUACACCCGUUUUGUGAGGAAGAUCACCUGGAGAGAUCGCCUAGAUAAAUUCCCUCAAAUCAGCCACCAGUCCAUUCGUUACCUCUAUGAACACGAGUACCUCCCCGGCCUGAAGUUGACAGCCAAACACUAUAAGUCCGCCCCCCAGGAAAACCUCCUGGGGGAUUCCCGCAGGCGCAGGAAGGGAACUCCCGCUCCCGCAGGAGAAUCCCCUGCAGGUGCAGGAGAGUUCACUGCCGGGGCAGGAAAACCCGAGGCCUCGUCGAGCACGCCCCAAUACACCCCGCGGGAGAAAUUCCUGGGGAAAUCUGCCGUUUUACUGCGAGAUUUCCUGCCAGCGCGGGUGCAGGGCAGCAAUACUGCUGUCCCAGGACCACAUUUUCCCCGGGGGUGCAGGCUUGCAGGCUCAGCUGAAUUUUCUUUACUGGAGGUGCAGGAUACACACAAAAUGGAUUAUAUUCAUUUUCGAACGAUCAUUGAAUUGAAGAGUAACUGA